CGGAAGUCCCGCCCCCGGUGGCUCUAUUGCCGGAAGUGAGGAGCACGUGAACGGCCGAGAUGUUCCCGGAGCUACAGAGCGCACUGAGCCCGGAGCGGCGACAGUUCACGCUGAUCAGUGAUUGGAGGACAGACGGCGGCUUCCUGAUACAUCACUUCCUGUCCGACUACCUGAAAUCUCGGAGGAAGGUGUGCUUCGUGGCUCUCGCUCAGUCAUUCAGUCAUUAUAAUCUCAUCGCACAGAAGUUGGGGGCGAACCUGGUCAGCGCUCGGGACGAGGGGCAGUUGGUGUUCCUGGAGGGCCUGAAAUCUUACACCAGCCUGCUGUUUUCCCAGACGCCGGAGGCCGACUCCCAGAAUCCUCUGCGGUUCCUGAGGACCGGCGCAGACCUGAGGCCCCUCUAUGACUUUAUCUAUGGAGCGUUGGCGCCCUCUGCAGGCGAAGAGUGGAAGAGCCCGGCGCUGAUCGUGGACGAUGUCGGCUUGUUGAUCAGUUUGGGGGUCACUCCGCUGCAAAUCCUGGACUUCAUCCAUUACUGCAGAGCCGGCGUCUGCCACCAGCUCCGGGGGGACGUGGUGUGUCUGGCGCACAGAGACGAGGAGGACGAGGACGGGGAGGUCCUGCUGAGGGCGCUGUGCCACCAGAGCGGACUCCUCCUACAGGCUGAGGGCCUCAGUACCGGAUUCUGCAAAGACGUCCACGGGCAGCUGACAAUCACCCAACGGCAGCACCAGGAGCGUUCCACCAUCUACCAGUACAAGAUUCAGGACAAGAACGUCAGUUUCUUCGCCCCCGGCCUGUCUGCGGCCGUCCUGUAGAGAAGCGACUCUUCCCGACUACUGCAGGGGAACCGCGUAUAAUGGUGGGCGGAGCUCCGAGAUUCCAUUAUUAUUGAGAGCUGAAGAUGCUGCGUCAUCCCACCUAUCACUGAGCUCCAUCCCACCUAUCACUGAGCUCCAUCCCACCUAUCACUGAGCUCCAUCCCACCUAUCACUGAGCUCCAACCCGCCUC